AUGACUUUCGUUAUGAAGUUCUUACGCAUUCUUCAUCCAACAUCACUUUUCUCAUCACUAUCUGACCUUAGGCUUUUGGCAUCACGAAAAUUAGUCAAGUCUCUUCUUAAAAAAGAGGGAUUACCUGAUAUCGCUACCUCAGCUUCCAUGUUUCUGAAGGAUGAUAUAAAUGCAUUAGGAGUGAAAUUCCGUACAGUUGUCAAUUUUCCGGAAGAAUACAUACUCCCCCAAAUUAAUCGCAAAAUACUCAAACUUGAAAACCUUGAUAUUGAUAAAUUUGGAAUUGUAAAUGGUCAAAUCCGGACAUUUAUUAGAAAAAUGAAUUGGGUGGUUGUGAAUGAAGCGGUUGAAGGCACGCGUGAAUCCAACACUGAUACAUUAGUCGAUAAUUUGCUUCGUGUCGUUGAGUUUGAUGUUGAUCCUCUUGCGAUUAGAUCUUAUAUUUCAGCAGAACCUGAGUUUGUAGUUAGUAAACGAGGCAUGGCUUUAGUGAUUGAAGGAGAUGAUAAACACUUAAAAAAUGUUCGAAAUUUGACAAAUUAUGGUGAGACACAACUCGCUGCCAAGAUCAUAGCCUGUGGUAACGAAAAUGUAAUGGACAAAGUUACAGAUCAGAUCAUAUUUGCAAUGCGUGUAAUUUCUAUGCACGUCACAUUUUAUAAAGCAACAAUCCCCAAAGAAUAUUGGGCGAAUCUUCACAAAGGUCUUCCGAAAAAGCAUUCAGUUGAAAUAAUGAGGUGGCCGGCAGAGAAUGGUGAGCGAACUGGUUUAGAUCUGGCAAAUCCUGAAGGAAGAAAAAGGGUGCUUAGAUCGUUGGUUAAAAUUCGCCAGUUUGCUUUGGGCCAUGACUUUUAA